UUUGGCAUAUCGCAUCGCAACCGCACAUCGCAAUCGCAUUCCUUAACUUAACUUUGCUCAGUAAAGUUGUGUCCCAGUGAUAAUAUAAUUCCUAAUUAUUUUUAUAUCUAAACAAUUACCCGCUAAUCUAUACAAAAUGGUGUACCAAGUUAAGAGCAAGUCCGAUUUCGAUGGCCAACUCCAAGCUGCAGGAAGCAAAUUGGUUGUGGUUGACUUCUUUGCCACCUGGUGUGGUCCAUGCAAGAUGAUCGCCCCAAGACUUGAAGAAUUGUCAACCCAAUACGCUGACAAAGUUGUAGUUCUUAAGGUUGAUGUGGAUGAAUGCGAAGAUAUCGCCGUAGAUUACAACAUUUCUAGCAUGCCCACAUUUGUGUUCAUCAAGAAUUCAGCUAAAAUUGAUGAAUUCUCUGGUGCUAACGGCGACAACUUAGCCAAACGUUUUGCACAACACGCAUAAUUUGUUUAAUAUUUAAAUUACAUAAUUAUUAAAAUUGUCCCCCUUAAAUCUUUUAAGCAAAAAAAUUAAAAACCAACAAUAUUUUCCUGUCGUCUCGUUUAAUAAAUAAAUAAAUACAUUAUUAUUUCUAUGGA